AUGAAUUUUCAUCACCCGUCGCCGUGGAAGCAUGACCACCAUGUGCGCACUGAGGAGGAUGAUUUGGAGAACGCCUCCGUGCGUACAGAGAUUCUGCGGGAGUUACGGUCUGAACGGCUAAUUGGUAAAUCGGCGCCGCUGUUCGACUGGCAAUCUGCUUAUAGAACGCCUGCUGAUCUACUGAACAGCUCGCGAGAUGCUAGAGAUUACUAUGAAGAUAUGAACCAGCAGAUUGAACAUUUGGUUGAAGUCGACGAGCUGCUGGAUAGCGGCAUCAAUGUGUCGUUGCUUGAAGAGUAUGGAGAUGACAUCGGCGUUGAAGAGCCCCGGCAGCGCCGUCCGAUUCCCACAACCAUCCACAAUGCCUCCCAAAGGGGCAGGACCUCUGUGUCGACUGUGAAAUUCUGGAUCAACGCCAAUUUGGCUGCUAACGUAGUGCUUUUGCUCGGAAAACUAGUGGUAUUUUACAUGACCGAUUCGCUGUCCAUUGUCGCCUCGUUGAUUGACUCGGUGUUGGACCUCUUGUCAACGGUGAUUAUCUUUAUUUCAUCUCGAGUCGCGGAUCAGCGUGAUUGGAAAACAAAGCACCUUUAUCCGGUCGGCCGCUCCCGACUAGAGCCUAUUGGCGUGCUGGUUUUCAGUGUGGUCAUGGUUGUUUCAUUUCUUAAAGUCGCCGACGAAUCUGUCGAGCGUUUACUGGGGGACAAGGGUGCACUCGUAGAAAUCACGUUCCCUUCUUUCUUGAUUAUGGUCGUUACCGUGCUGGUGAAAGUUGUCUUGUACUAUCUUUGCCGCAACGUCCAAUCUAGUGCAGUCCAGGCGCUGGCGCUCGACGCUGUUACAGACGUUAUGUUCAACACUUUUUCCAUUAUUUUCCCUCUUGCCGGCCACUUGUUUCACAGCUGGCGAAUGGAUCCCUUAGGUGCUCUUUUCCUGUCGGUGUACGUCGUUAAAUCGUGGGGUGGCACGGCGAUGGAGCACAUCGACAACCUAUCCGGUGCUGCCGCGAGCCCGGAAGAUCGCCAGCAGCUGUUGUAUUUGUGCAUGCGGUUCAGCUCAAAUAUCCGAUACAUUACAGCUUUCAACGCUUACCAUGCCGGCGAUAAACUGAUGGUCGAGGUCGAUCUACUGUUGGAUAAGGAACUAAAUUUACGCGACAGCCACGAUCUAGCAGAGUCCGUGCAGUAUGCUAUGGAAACUAUGCCCACCGUAGAGAGAGCUUUCGUUCACCUGGAUUAUCGACGUGAGAACUUCACUGGUCAUGUCGAACGCUAA